UGCGUCGUUACAUUUCCGACACCAAAGGAAGUAUGGACACAUUACGUACUAACGUACAAAACCUUUGACAGCCUGAAUAGCAUAGAAGUGUUUAUAAAUGGUGAAGAGGUGAUGAAGUUUACUUCUAAGGAGUGUUACGAUGGUAAUUUUGACCAGGAUAAUUUUACGGCAAUUUCCAUUGGAGAGGACGAUUCAGGUAGAGGACUUCCUGUGGCAGCUUUUGACGACAUAGUUAUCUGGUACAGAUCUGUAACCAAAGAGGAAAUAAUCGAUAUUUACAGUUACUAUAAAGGUAAUUUGUUUGUCGUAGGCCUCUAAUUUUACUGAAAUUCAAUGGACAUUCGAAAUGGUGUUCUCUUAUGGAGUGCUUUAUAUCACUGUUUAUAUAGAAGUUAAGACGAACUUUUUUCCGAGGAAUUUUUUUAAUACUGGUAUCCCUUCUUCCCUACUGUAGUGGUACCAACUCAACUUGCCUUAUAUCUGCCCUCAGUGAGUCUUGCUUUGUCUUUAACAGCUUAGUAUAUUUUCCGUUAUAUUUUUUCCAAAUUUUUGCAGGUGAUUCUAACUUGCAGCUUCACGUGAGCGUUGGUUUUACCGGUGUCCCCUGGAAAGAAGACAUGCUGGACAGGGAAUCAAAUGCUUUCACGUCUUUCACAGAAAACUUAUCAAAUAAUGUAAGAGUUUCAUGUUGCAUUUUAUUUAUGAGCUACCAUUCGAUCAUAAUAAUAAUACUAAUAAGAAGAAGGAGAAGAAGAAGAAUAACACAGUUCAUACUAUACUACUCAUAUAAGAUGUUUCUUUGUUUCCUUCUGCAGCUUAAAAACAUCGCAAAUGGAAGCGUCAGUGAAGUGGUUGUUCAUAAAUAUUGGUACGUUGGUGGAAACCAUUUGUCAUCAUACUGAAAUCGCUUAAUCCGUGAGAGACGGAUAAGAUAGCAAAGAUACAUGGCAACAUAAGUAAUAUUUCGUGAAGAAAAUUGUGCAAUUUUUAGUCCCUAUAUGCAAUUAAAAAUUUCACUAAUCACGAAUUUUUGGUGUAUUUUUAGGUCAGAAGCAAACGGUUUCAUUGGCUGCGAGUUUACCGUUAAAUUUAUAGAGGCAGGAUACACUGCGGUCGAACCUAUUAUAAACGGGCUGGAAACAAGCUCAUAUCAAGUUCACAAUCUUGAAGCGAAUGACAGUAAGUUC